ACCCACCUGGAUCCGUGUCUGCUUUCUGUUGCUCUGCAUGGUGUGCUUUCAAAGAAAGCUGGGAUGCAUUGAACAAACAACUGAGACCCUGUUGCACCUGUCACCUGCUGAAGUUGACAACCUCAAAGAAGGAAUCAAUUUUUUGCAGAAUAAGAGUACUGGCAAAGGCUACAUUUUAUACAAGAAUAACAGCCACCUGAAGGCAUGCAAGAAUCUGUGCAAGCACCAAGGGGGGGUGUUCAUGAAAGAUAUUGAAGACUUAGAUGGAAGGUACCAAGGACCGUUUGCUUUCUCCUGGGUGACUGUUGUUGUUGAAAUGGAUGAAAAAAAUGGACUUACAUUGCUAGAACUGAAUCCUCCUAACCCCUGGGAUUCAGACCCCAGAACUAUUGAAGAUUUGGCUUUUGGAGAAGUACAGGUGACAUACCUCACUCACGCCUGCAUGGACCUCAAAUUGGGAGACAAGAGGAUGGUGUUUGACCCUUGGUUAAUUGGUCCUGCUUUCGCCCGAGGAUGGUGGUUACUCCAUGAGCCUCCCUCUGAUUGGCUGGAGAGGCUUUGCCAAGCCGACUUAAUUUACAUCAGUCAUAUGCACUCGGACCACCUGAGUUACCCCACUCUGAAUAAGCUUGCCAAGAGAAGACCAGAUAUUCCCAUUUAUGUUGGAAACACAGAACGACCCGUCUUUUGGAAUCUGAGUCAGAGUGGUGUCCACUUGACGAAUAUCAACGUUGUACAAUUUGGAGUGUGGCAGCAGGUAGACAAGAAGCUCCGAUUCAUGAUCUUGAUGGAUGGGGUUCAUCCAGAGAUGGAUACUUGCAUUAUUGUGGAGUACAAAGGUCAUAAGAUACUCAAUACGGUGGACUGCACCAGACCCAAUGGGGGAAGGCUGCCUACAAAAGCUGCUCUAAUGAUGAGUGAUUUUGCUGGGGGAGCAUCUGGUUUCCCAAUGACUUUCAGUGGUGGAAAGUUUUCUGAGGCGUGGAAAGCCCAGUUCAUUAAAACAGAAAGGAAGAAGCUCCUUAACUACAAGGCUCGGCUGGUGAAGGACCUGCAACCUCGGAUUUAUUGCCCCUUUGCUGGAUAUUUCGUGGAAUCCCACCCAUCAGACAAGUACAUUAAAGAAACAAAUAUCAAGAAUGAUCCAAAUGAACUCAACAACCUUAUCAAGAAAAUUUCUGAUGUGGUGACGUGGACCCCACGACCAGGCGCUACCCUUGAUCUGGGGAGGAUGCUAAAGGAUCCCACAGACAGCAAGGGCAUCACAGAGCCUCCAGAAGGAACUAAAAUUUACAAGGAUUCCUGGGACUUUGGACCAUACUUAAACAUUCUGAAUGCUGCUAUAGGAGAUGAAAUAUUUCUUCACUCAUCCUGGAUAAAAGAAUACUACACUUGGGCUGGAUUUAAGGACUAUAAUCUUGUGGUCAGGAUCUGGAGCAGGGUGGAUGUAAUGAGACAUGUGGUGAAGAAUGGUCUACUCUGGGAUGACCUGUAUAUAGGGUUCCAGACUCGACUCCAGAGGGAUCCUGACAUAUACCAUCACCCGUUUUGGAACCAUUUUCAAAUAAAACUCCCUCUCAUGCCGCCCAACUGGAGGGCCUUCCUGAUGCACUGUGGAUAGAGCAGACCUGGAAUCUCACAGUUCACAGGGAGGCCAAGCAACAGGAGACAGCGAAGGAUUUACUGGUGUUACAUCUUGAACUCAGGAGGCUUAUACCAAAGGAGACCAUGCCUUUUUGAACUUGAUAAUCACAUGCUUCAUUUGUGAGCUGUUUGUCCGCCUUGUGUCUGUAGAUCACUACAUAGACAGAUUCAUACAUGUUUUACUCAUGCCAUCCACAAUUGUCUGAACAAAGAACCACUAGACCCAGUAAGAACACAUUGCCUGUAAAAAUCAAAGCUUAACAGAUAGGGAUAUGGACCCAAGCCUACAGAAGGAAGAAAACACCCAAGAAGAUAAAGAAGAAAUAGGGGGAAGGGGCUAGUGGCCUGAUGUUGAGUUAGUAAAAGAAGAGCAGGAAGAGGAGAAAGAGAUAAAUGAAAAUCCAGAAGGGAGGAAAAUGGGAAGGAGACAAAGCUAAGCUGGUAUUUGGAAAAUAAGUGGAAAAUGUAAAGAUGCCAGCUCCUGGUUCCUCAAUAGAUUGAGUUUCCAGGUCCUCUACCAAGAGAGUUGAGUGGGAAGCAUCUCAGAAAUUUUCAAUUAAAAAACAAAAAUGUCCUGCUGAAAUCAUGUGUUCUGAAAUCAAGACUCAGAGGCUUCCCUCAAGGUCAAAUUUCAUUGGGUAAAUGAAAUGAUAUUGAACCAGUGACCAAAUAUGUUAUUUAAAGCAACUUAGCAGCUCUAACCAUUAGGUAGAUCUUUAAUUAGUUAAAAAUAUUAACACUAAUUUUACUUAAUACAGUGAGUUUAGCAACUAUAAAUCUUUCAAAAUCAACAGAAGGAACAGUAAUAAAGAUCUUCACCCGCACUAUGAAUUUAAUUAAAAUUUAAUUUAGUAAUCUACAAUUUUAAUAAUCCUGCUUCUGAACAUUGAAAAAUAUAAUUCAAGUGGUUAAAUAGGCAUAUUUUAACUCAUUUUGUUAGUGUCUGGAGUUUUUGAUGAUUUGUAUAAGUAUUUAAGACAUAUACACAAUUAUUCCUAGUAAAGCAUGAUUGUUAAUAUAGGUAUCUGUCUGACAUGUUGAUUUUCCCAGCACACGAAUAUCCCACAACACCAAAAUCUCUUUUGUAAUCACACAACAUACCUCUUUACUUCUGAAUAAAUGGCAUAAUAGAUAAUAAUGGAA